AUGAAAAAUGAUGAUAAAGCUAAUGAUAUAAUAAUAGACUCUGUAAAAGUUCCUAAUUCAUACAAACCCCCAAAAAAUCCUAUUGUCUUUUGCCAUGGUUUAUCAGGAUUUGACAAGUUAAUUCUGAUCCCUUCUGUAUUCCACCUAACAAAUUUAGUUUCCAAUUCAAUAGUACAUAACAUGGCAGAAAAUUUCAUGCAGGAUGACGAAGAUGAAAGUGAUAAUAAAUACACAAAUUUAUUAGAGAUUGAAUAUUGGAUUGGUGUCAAAAAGUUUCUCCAGUCAAAGGGAUGUACUGUGAUCACUACUAAAGUACCAGGUUUCGGUAGUAUCGAAGAAAGAGCAAUGGCCUUGGAUGCUCAGUUACAGAAAGAAGUAAAGAAAAUCGAAUCAAAGGAUAAGAGGCAUUCGUUAAAUCUAAUCGCACAUUCAAUGGGUGGACUAGAUUGCCGAUAUCUAAUCUCCAAUAUCAAAAAUAGGAAUUACGAUAUAUUGAGCCUAACCACUAUUUCGACUCCACAUAGAGGGUCAGAGAUGGCUGAUUAUGUUGUCGACCUUUUUGAAAAUUUAAACGCCUUGAGAGUGAGUCAAAAGAUAUUGCCAAUAUGUUUUUACCAACUCACCACGACGUAUAUGAAAUACUUCAAUUUGGUUACGCCAAAUAGUCCAAAGGUUUCCUAUUUUUCAUACGGUUGCUCCUUUGUGCCUAAGUGGUACAAUGUCUUUUGCACACCUUGGAAAAUUGUCUAUGAGAGAUCUAAAGGUUGCCCCAACGACGGCCUGGUAACUAUAAAUAGCAGUAAAUGGGGUGAGUACAGGGGUACUUUAAAAGAUAUGGAUCAUCUGGACGUGAUCAAUUGGAAGAAUAAGUUGCAGGAUGAUUGGAGUAAAUAUUUUCACACAACUACCGUCGGAGAGAAGGUUGACAUCUUGAACUUUUAUUUGAAGAUAACGGAUGACUUGGCACGGAAGGGAUUUUAA